GGCCCGGCCCGGCCCCGCCGAGCGAUGCUGCUGCUGGCCGCCGCCUUCCUCGUGGCGUUCGUGCUGCUGCUCUACAUGGUGUCACCGCUCAUCAGCCCCAAGCCCCUCGCCCUGCCCGGGGCGCAUGUAGUGGUUACAGGGGGCUCCAGUGGUAUUGGAAAGUGUGUCGCUAUCGAGUGCUAUAAGCAAGGAGCGUUCAUAACUCUGGUGGCACGGAAUGAGGACAAGCUGCUGCAGGCAAAGAAAGAAAUUGAAAAGCACUCUAUUAAUGAUAAACAGGUGGUGCUUUGUAUAUCCGUUGACGUUUCUCAAGACUACAGCCAAGUAGAGAAUGUCAUAAAACAAGCACAGGAGAAACUGGGCCCAGUAGACAUGCUUGUGAACUGUGCAGGAAUGUCACUUUCGGGAAAAUUUGAAGAUCUUGAAGUUAGUACUUUUGAGCGACUCAUGAGCGUCAACUACCUAGGCAGCGUGUACCCCAGCCGCGCCGUGAUCACCACCAUGAAGGAGCGCCGCGUGGGCAGGAUCGUCUUUGUCUCCUCCCAGGCGGGACAGCUGGGGUUAUUCGGCUUCACAGCCUACUCGUCCUCCAAGUUUGCCAUCAGGGGAUUGGCUGAAGCUUUGCAGAUGGAGGUGAAGCCAUACAACGUCUAUGUCACAGUUGCCUACCCGCCAGACACAGACACCCCUGGGUUUGCAGAAGAAAACAAAACCAAGCCUUUGGAGACUCGCCUGAUUUCAGAGACCGUAUCUGUUUGCAAACCAGAGCAAGUGGCCAAACAAAUUGUUAAAGACGCCAUACAAGGGAAUUUUAACAGUUCCAUUGGCUCCGACGGGUACAUGCUGUCGUCCCUGACCUGUGGAAUGGCUCCGGUAACUUCUAUCACUGAAGGGCUCCAGCAGGUGGUCACCAUGGGCCUUUUCCGCACCAUCGCGCUGUUUUACCUCGGAAGCUUCGACAGCAUCGUGCGUCGCUGCAUGACGCAGAGAGCAAAAUCGGAAAUUGCAGACAAAACUGCCUAAUCCGUACCCCUGGGGAAAAGACUGUUUCUAAAUAACCGAACAGCUUGCUGCUAAAAGGGACCCAGUUUUUGGCACGUAUGUAUCGCUUUUGAAUAUGUGAGAUCGGACCAGUGCUCUUCAGAAACCUGGCUGCAGGCGAGGGGAGAGGCGUGCGGCUCGGGUGAUGUUAUUAACACUAUGCAAAUACGGAGCAGGAGACCCGUGGUUCUCGGGGCGGGGAGGUGAUGACCCUAUGGGAACGAACAGCAUGUGAGCAGGGUGAAGACCUUGAUUCCAGAAUGAUCAUUUACAUGUGUCUAUUUAUUCUCCCCCCCCCCUAUUGAGAUUAAGUCCAGAAAUGUACCUUAUGAUAUAUAAGAUGCAGCUUUGGGCACUUUUUUUUAACCUUCCACAAUAGGCAGUUUAUAGGUUUCUGGGGCUUUUUUUCCCCCCCCUUGGUCUUUUUAACAUGGUGUAUUUUAUUCAAGAGGAGUUUUACAUAUUGCGGGCAAGUCUGAGUGUGUGAUGAUGUCCCUGACUCACUGUCUUCUGGUGGCCACUCGUGGCUUCUCUCUCUCUUUGAUCCCAUAAAAAUACAGGGGGAUGAGAGAGAACAAUGCAGGGGAAGGGCAGGAGAGAGCGUUUUCCAGUAGGAAAAAUAGUGAUUUCUUGUCUUCUUUAGACUCGAAUGCGUAGAGCACUUUUUGUUUUUCAUUCACGGGGAAAGGCAGCCUCCUAAAAUGUUUUCUGAAGAGAAAUAAAAUCUUAGAAGCUUAAAAGUUUACAAUUUCUUCAACAGCCAUGAGGACGCGGAGCUCACCCAUCCCUUUAGAGUGUCUUGUCAUUCUUCCCGUCUCUCCCUCCUGUUUCCCUGAUACUGCUAUAAUAUUUUUAUAUAUAAAAAAAAGACUAGUUAAAAUUUUUUGACUUGACUUUUUAAAUUAACUCAUGAAUUAAUUAAAACAGGUGAAAAAAAUUAAAAAGUGUGACAUUCUUCUGGUAGCAUAUAUGUAGCUUUUACGAAAGGCUGAUGAUCGUAUAUUUGCAUUUUCCUCGUUAAGAGAAAGAAGAUAAGACAAAGCCGAUUUUGAAGAUACUCAUUUUUGAAAGAAAAUGAUCACCCAUUCUUUCUGUGACUCCCAUUUAAUCAGAGAACCUUCUCUGCACACCACGUUAAGGAAGCCCAAUCGUCACUCCCGCAACAUAAGCCCUGGGAUCCUCUCGGCCCCGUGAAUGUUGUUUUCACAUCACAGGCUCUGUUGCUCAGUUUGUGGAUUUCCACAAUAAGUGCCUCUCAUGGGUUUUGGCCAACAUUCCCUACUUCUUCCUGUCACUGUGUGUGCUCCACACACAGUGGACAGUCCCCUUCAUCGUAAUGCUACGUAAUGCUACGCCUCCUCCUUCCUGCACACACAGUAUGCAUAUACUGUGUAUACAAAAGAUUAAAGGCCUAAAAAUUACAGCAAACCUUCUUUUGCUCUUGAAUUUUUGAACCUCUUGACUUUAAGAUGAUUUAUUUUUUUUAAAGUGAGAUAUUUAAUGGCUUUAAUCCUUGGCAUCCUUUUAAUGAGGAUCUGAGAAUGGCAUAUUUUAACACUGACAAAGAUCAAAGAAAUUAUUUAAUAUAGAAGUUGCUUGGAAUGACUUCAUUGCAGUUUGUGGGGGUGGGUGGAUGCCAUAACAGUUUCAUGAAUCUCUCUGUCUUCUGUAGCCAUCGUUUGCAAACUACAUUAGGUCAUACCUCGCAGCCUCUUAAGAUAGAAUAAUGGCUCUAUUUCUCUAAUUCACAGAAAACAGUUACACAUUAAUGUCUGGCUAUUUCUCACUUUUAUUUUUUCUGGUGAAUGUUCCUUGUUGGCACCUCCAACUGCUGGUCCAGAUGAAAAUCUAGCCCAAGAUGGUGUCUCGUUUAGUACGAUUAUUGGACCACAGUUACUUCCGUAGGCGUUUUCAAGGUUUCCUCGUAGCCUGUACUGUCACCUCCAGGUAAUCUGCUCCCUGAACAAAUUUAAGAGCCCCCAUUCUGUGGUGGGAGAUCCUUUCCUCAAGCCUGUUGUAGCUCGGGCAUGAGAGCAGAUUUUGUGGAGAUCAUAUCAUCAAGGAAUGGGCUUCUUUGUCAGACAAGUUAAAGGGCCAAAGCUCUGUAUCCAAAAAGCUUUGAAAACUAAGUUGUUGGGGUUUUUUUCCCCUUCUUUUCCUAAAUUUGAUGCCAUUAUUCAUUUGAUAGCAAAACCUGACUUGAACUGAUGUGUUAAGAGUUUUGAUUUAUCCAUUUUAUGGGCUCUUCAUUAAUUUUUCCCAAAGCAACAACAAUGAGUUUGAUUCUAGGUAUUGCCCUAGAUUCUACAGACACAUUUUGUAACAUCCAGCAUAUGCCCCACAUCACCUUUUUCCAAAUCUAAAAAAUUAAGAAUUCUGAAAUGAGUCUGGCCCGAACAGUUUGGAUAAAGGAUUAUGGACAUUUAGCAGUGUCACACAAAGAUCUGACUUCAUCCAAAACAUGAAAAUAUUACAAAGGCAAAUUCUAUUUUUUAUCUUUUUUGGCUCAGUUUUUGUACAUUUUUUAUACUGACUUGUCUUUUUUUUUUUUUUUUUUGCCUGCUCAGGGGAAUUAAAAACAACACCAACAACAAUGCACACACACACAAAACCCCCUGAAUCAGAUUGUUCAGGAAACUGUUGCCAUUUUUUUUUUCUUUUUCUUUUUCUUUUUUUUAAAGGGGUCAUUGAUUCAACACUGUACUGUACCCAGAAGUGGGUGUGUCUUACCUGUGGCAGAAGGAGUUUGAUUCCAAUGCUGUUGAAGUAUUGGCUUUCUGUUUGUGACCAGCUACUGUUUACUGUGUGUGUUGGUUCCGAAGUGGUUGCCUCUGCUGGGCUUGGUUUUACUGUUUUAUUAUAGUAUAUUUGUGAGUAUAUUUAUUUAAAAAAAAUGUUGAAUGUCGUUCAUCCGUAGAAAUUCCAAAAUAUGUUCAAGGACCCUCUAUAAUUAAAAAAGAUAUAAGAUCUAACCCCCAUUUCUUUUUACAAAAACAAAGUCCAGGAAAUUGUUCUUUUCUGUUAUUUUUUAAAAUUUAAUUUUCACAGCUGAAAAGAGAAAAAAUGAAAAAUACUGUCAAUAAUGGCCUCUUUGCAUUAAUACUUACAUGUGUUCAGUUAGAAAUUUGCUGGUUAAACCAUAUAUCACUGAUUCUUAGAAGUGAACUUUGGGAGUGCAUUUCUAAUAUUUAGAUGAUAAAAGCAUUUUGGAAAUAGUAGCUUCAAUUCGAAGAAUUGUAUGUCUUUGUCUUUCUGGAAGAAGGCAAUACCAUGAUAAUUUUUUUUUUUUACUGAGUUUUAUCAUCAACAGAUUUAAUUUUAUUACCUCAUGUUCUAAUUUAAACAUGUCUCACUCACAUGAGGACACUUUUAAAUAUUCAUAGUUUUUGACAAUACGAUGCCUUGUAUCUUUCUCAUGUCCUUAGUUCUUAGUAACUCAGCUUUAAAAAGUACACUAACCAUAACCUUCCAUACUCUGGACUAAAUCUUGUUUAGUUCAGCGCAAUGACGGCAGAUUUGAUAUUUUGAAGAGGAGAUAAUAGCUAUUAUAUUUUACACUUGCUUGAUGGGACAACUCUAAAGACAUUUUUAAACUGUAAGAAUGCACUUGGCUAUUUUGAUAUAUAUUAGAACUUGUGUUUGCUACUUUAGAUGCUUUUGUGGCAAAAUUGUAACCUAAUUUUCAUAUCUUGUAUUUCUGAAUCACAACAAAAAAUAAAUGGGGAACAAGCUUUA